UCUUAUUGUUUGCCAAGGUUCUUGACGCCUCUUGGUACAUGCCUGCGGAGCAAAGGAAUCCACUUCAGGAGUACCAGGUGGCUCAUAUCCCUGGUGCCUUAUUCUUUGACGUUGAUGGGAUAUCUGACAGAGCAUCUAGUUUGCCACACAUGCUGCCAUCUGAAAAAGCAUUUUCUGCUGCUGUAUCUUCCCUUGGCAUCUACAACAAAGAUGGAAUAGUAGUUUACGAUGGAAAGGGGCUAUUUAGCGCUGCUCGUGUUUGGUGGAUGUUUCGUGCUUAUGGACAUGACAAAGUUUGGGUUUUGGAUGGUGGUUUGCCCCAAUGGCGUGCUUCUGGGUAUGAUGUUGAAUCAAGCGCCUCCAGCGAUGCUAUCUUAAAAGCUAGUGCUGCUAGCGAAGCAAUCGAGAAGGUUUACCAGGGACAAUCGGUUGGUCCCUCCACAUUUGAAGCAAAGUUGCAGCCUCAUCUUCUAUGGAAUCUUGAUCAGGUGAAAGAGAACAUCGAUACCCAGACACAUCAAGUUAUAGAUGCUCGAGGGAAGCCUAGAUUUGACGGUGCAGUUCCAGAGCCACGUAAGGGAAUAAGAAGUGGGCAUGUGCCUGGGAGCAAAUGCGUUCCUUUUCCUCAGGUGCUUGACAGUUCACAAAAGCUAUUGCCUGCAGAUGAGCUCCGUAAACGAUUUGAACAAGAAGGUAUAUCACUUGAUCAACCCCUUGUGACCUCUUGUGGAACUGGUGUGACAGCAUGUGUAUUAGCUCUGGGUCUUCAUCGCCUUGGCAGAACAGAUGUUGCAGUAUAUGAUGGAUCAUGGACUGAAUGGGGUGCUCACCCUGACACUCCGGUUGCUACUACUGUUUAGCCUUAUGUGCACUUCAUGGAGGACCAUCUAAUGUACUUGCGCUUCAACGCGAUUCUAUGGAAGAAGGCAGAAGGCAAAGGAAACUGAAGAGGUAUGCUGGGGAAACGACGCUGUUCGGCGUUUUCAAUGUAAAUUAUCGAAACAGAGAAGUGUGGAAUAUAUGCUAUGUAAAUCAAUACUCAAUGCUUGACUCUCUUAGGGUCUCUUCUCUGUGCCCAGGCAAUAAUAUAUGACAUAACGUUCCACUUUCAA